AUGUUUUUAAGAGGAAAUCUGGUGAUGUUGGUUGGGAAUAUGAGAGAUUGGUGGAUCCUAACAACAAGGAUAAGGUGCGGUGCAAUUUUUGUGGCCAUGAAAGUACUGGAGGAAUCUUUCCUUUCAAGCAACACAUUGCUCAAAAUGCAAGUACUGUGCUUAAAUGCACCAAGGCCACACAAGAAGCUAAAGAAGCAUGCUUGA